ACACGUCCCUUGUCUUUUGUUCUUCCAGAAACAUGCAACAUGGCAGCAGCCAUGGAAACUGAACAGCUGGGCCUUGAAAUCUUUGAGACGGUGGCGGGGUGUGAGGAGCAUGUGGAGAAGGAGGAGUCGCCCAGGCUGGAGCCCUUCUAUGUUGAGAGGUAUUCCUGGAGCCAGCUUAAAAAGCUGCUCACGGACACAAGGAAAUACCAUGGUUACAUGAUGGCUAAGGCACCUCACGACUUCAUGUUUGUGAGGAAAAAUGACCCUGAAGGGCCCCAUUCGCACAGGAUCUACUAUCUAGCAAUGUCUGGGGAGAACAGAGAGAACACACUGUUCUAUUCAGAAAUUCCCAAAACCGUAAACAAGGCUGCGGUGCUAAUGCUUUCCUGGAAACCCCUUCUGGAUCUCUUUCAAGCCAGCCUCGACUAUGGGAUGUACUCCCGUGAGGAGGAACUGCUGCGCGAGAGAAAACGCAUUGGCACCAUUGGCAUUGCCUCUUAUGACUACCACCGGGGAAGUGGCACAUUCCUGUUUCAGGCGGGUAGCGGGAUUUACCACAUCAAAGAUGGAGGCCCUCAUGGAUUCACUCAACAGCCUCUAAGGCCCAAUUUGGUGGAGACCAGUUGUCCAAACAUCCGAAUGGAUCCCAAGCUGUGCCCUGCUGAUCCAAACUGGAUUGCGUUUAUUCAUAGCAAUGACAUUUGGAUAUCUAAUCUAGACACAAGAGAAGAAAGGCGGCUAACCUUUGUGCACAAUGAACUGGCCAACAUAGAAGAGGAUCCAAAAUCUGCUGGAGUCGCAACCUUUGUGCUGCAGGAGGAAUUUGAUCGAUACACAGGCUACUGGUGGUGUCCGGACACAAAGCCAACACUCAACGGGGGCAAAAUCCUUAGGAUUCUCUAUGAAGAAAAUGAUGAGUCAGAGGUGGAAAUCAUUCAUGUCACGUCCCCCCUGUUGGAGACCAGGCGGACAGAUUCCUUCAGGUAUCCCAAAACAGGUACAGCGAAUCCAAAGGUCACCUUCAAGAUGUCCGAAAUAACAAUUGAUGCUGAAGGAAGAAUUGCUGAUGUCGUGGAUAAAGAACUAGUGCAGCCAUUCGAGAUCCUGUUUGAAGGAGUAGAGUAUAUUGCUAGAGCGGGAUGGACUCCAGAAGGAAAAUAUGCCUGGUCCAUCUUGCUGGACCGCUCCCAAACACGGCUUCAGAUUGUGCUGAUUCCCCCUGCAUUAUUUAUCCCAGUAGAAGAUGAUGCUAUGGAAAGACAGAAACUUAUAGACACCGUGCCCGACUCUGUUACACCACUCAUUAUUUAUGAAGAAACAACAGAUGUCUGGAUCAAUAUCCACGACAUCUUCCACAUCUUCCCUCAGGCCCAUGAAGAUGAGAUCGAGUUUAUCUUUGCUUCUGAAUGUAAAACAGGAUUCCGGCACUUGUACAAAAUCACGUCAGUGUUGAGGGAGAGCAAAUACAAGCGAUCAUGCGGAGGCCUCCCUGCUCCAAGUGACUUCAAGUGUCCGAUCAAGGAGGAACUGGCAGUUACCAGUGGAGAAUGGGAAGUCCUCGGUCGACAUGGUUCCAACAUCCGUGUGGAUGAAGCAAACAAGGUGGUGUAUUUCCAAGGCACCAAGGACUCCCCUUUAGAGCACCACCUGUAUGUCGUUAGCUACGAGAAUCCCGGAGAGGCGAAGCGGCUGACGGAGCGCAGCUACUCUCACGCCUGCUGUGUUAGUCAGGACUGUGACAUGUUCAUCAGUAAGUACAGUAACCAGAAGAGCCCACAUUGCGUAUCACUCUACAGGCUGACUGGACCAGAAGAUGAUGUAGCUCAAAGAGCGAAGGACUUCUGGGCCAUGAUUCUAGAUUCAGCAGGCCCCCUCCCUGACUACGUCCCGCCGGAAAUCUUCUCGUUCGAGAGUUCUGUGGGGUUUACGCUGUACGGCAUGAUGUACAAGCCUCACAAUCUACAGCCUGGGAAGAAGUACCCCACUGUGCUUUUCAUUUACGGAGGUCCUCAGGUGCAGCUAGUGAACAAUCGGUUUAAAGGAAUAAAGUAUUUCCGCUUGAACACCCUGGCUUCUCUGGGCUACGUGGUGGUUGUGAUUGACAACAGGGGGUCCUGCCACCGAGGGCUUAAGUUUGAAGGUGCCUUUAAAUACAAAAUGGGUCAAAUAGAAAUUGAAGAUCAGGUGGAAGGACUGCAGUAUCUGGCAUCCCAACAUGACUUUAUCGAUCUUGACCGAGUGGGCAUUCAUGGCUGGUCCUACGGAGGAUACCUAUCUCUAAUGGCUUUAAUGCAGAGGUCAGAUAUCUUCAGGGUUGCCAUAGCGGGCGCCCCCGUCACACUGUGGAUGUUCUAUGAUACUGGCUACACAGAGCGCUAUAUGGGCCACCCGGACCACAACGAGCAGGGCUACUACCUAGGAUCGGUGGCCAUGCAGGCAGAGAAUUUUCCUUCUGAACCAAACCGUUUGCUGCUGCUACAUGGAUUCUUGGAUGAGAACGUUCACUUUGCACACACUAGUAUAUUGCUGAGCUUUCUAGUGAGGGCCGGGAAACCGUACGACUUACAGAUCUACCCUCAGGAGAGACACAGUAUAAGGGUACCCGAGUCUGGAGAGCAUUAUGAACUCCAUCUACUGUAUUACCUGCAAGAGAAUCUAGGCUCUCACAUUGCUGCGCUGAAGGCAAUGUAAUUACAACCUCUGUCGAACUCUGAUACACUGGCUGCUUAACCAAAUGAGGAACCGUUGGGAUCUUUGGAGAAUACCGAAUGGAACAUUGCAUUUGGGGGCCUGCCACGCAGACGCACCCACGGAGACGCACACAUGCACGCAAACGGAGACACUUUUUUCAAAAGCAAACUCGGUGCCAUACAGGGAAACUACAGUACAGUGACCUAAUGAUUUUAAAGCCUACCUGUAAAUAAAAUCGUAUGUCUGUGGUAUACUGCAGUACCAUGGGUUUUCUUUUGGGAGGAGCUGAAACCUUAGCAACACAUUUUCACAAUACCAGAUCUUAACCUUUUAAACCUGUUACGAGCUGCGUGAGUCUAGUUGAUGUGUUGUGGUUUUUAUCCAGUGUGUUUCUCAGUUUCUUACAACAUGGUAAUGAUCGAUUGAUUUUUCUCCCUUCGUGGCAAGAUUUUCUUUGGAUGGUUACAACCUUGAUGUGGUUUGAAAAACCUAUUUUAAAAGCUUUGUGUUUCUUGCAAGGGAUGUAGCUGGUUUUGGCUAGGAGCAAAUCAUCUUUUGCAUACAACCAGGCAUUGGGGAUAAUCUUUAAAAAAAACAACAACAACAACAACAACAACACCCCCCCACACACACACACACAUUUUUAGCUGCUUCCUGAAGAAAUGAAAUUUUGGAUUUAAUUGAAAGCAAGCCAUGGUUUGUUUGGAUUUUUUUUUAUUAUUAUCAGUGAGCUCAUCUCCAUCUAGUGCAGUCUUUUUUCUUUUUCUGUUAGCAAUAUGAUCAACUAGCUGGACCCCUUUUCAUCUGGGAAGGUGACAGACCUGUUUUACAUUAAUGUCUUUUAUGCUGAGAAGCAAACUCAUUUUAAUUCAAAUAGCCAAAUCUGUCAUUUUUUUCAGAUUUUAAGGAUAUCAGCUUAAAAACACCAACCCAUUCCCCUGGAUUUUCUCCCCAUGUGCAUUUUGGAGCUGUUUUCUAGUACUCCCUUCCUAGCUCAGCAUGUGGGUAUUAAUAUUACCUCCAUUACAUCCCAGUGCAAAGUUCGGCUGGGAACUUGGUGACAAAGGGUCUGCUAGCAGUACGCUGAAGCAAUGUGAACUGUUUUAUUGCCUUUCUUGGUAUCAUUAUUCUAACACUGUUUUUCAGUCCCAGUUUUUCUGCUCCCGUGUAUGAACUCCUCCAUCCUUAGGUCAUCUUGUAGCACUAUGGUGUAGCAUGCAUGGUACCGCUGUGUCCUCAAAACCCCCCCGUCCAUAUUGCUUUUAUAAGGUAACCCUGCUAGCAGCUAGCUCUCUGCAGUCUAAAGUGACAUAAAAGCACGAUUUUUUGCUAGCAUGGUUUUAACUGUGCUGUGGACUUGGCUGUCAAAAAAAAAAAACCCAACAACUUUAAAAGUGUUUGGAAAAAAACCUUCUAAUUUUCAAGCUGUUGUUUAAAAUAGAAACCUGUAGUAAAAUUGUUAUUUUUAAAUCAGAAAAUUUUGCCCGGAGUGUCUGUGAGAGAGAUUCAGAUCUUUUUUUUUUUCCUUCAAGUUUUCCUUCACAAAACCUAAGAACUUUCUUUCCUUUCUCUUUUGGUGCUAAAGAGGGAAACGCAGGGUGAUUUUUUUUUUUUCUUUUCCGUUUGUUGAAAAUUGCACUCCCUGUGUUUUUGUGUUCAAAAUCGAAAUACCCCAAAUAUUGUAGGAAUGUACUUUAAUAACUUUUCCAGGCCUAUAAGUAGUCACCUUGACCUUAGUACUCUGGCAUUUAAAGCAAUUUUGCCUCAGUUAUGCUGCUAUAAAUUGGGAAGAUCUCCACUGAAGUCAGUUGAAUAAUCUGGGUAUAAAAUACAUGCAAGAGAGAACAUAGAAUCGGGUCCACUGGCUUCUGCUAAAGAUGGUCAAAGCAAACUCACAGUCUUUAAACAUGCAUUGCUGGUCCGUCCCCCCCCCCCCAAUUGCAAUAAUGUUGAAUUGGGUAAAAGAUGGUUAACGUUCUGAAAUUUGUAUCACAAGCACAUUGAAAAUAGGUUUAAGGUUUUUAUUUUUAGAGGGUGGGGGGAAGGGAAAGAGCCCAGUGAGCCUUUUGCUUUUAAUUCCCUAAACAGUGAAUUAUUAUAAUUGAAGUAAUUCAUUACGAAAACCGGGACCUUUCAGCAGCCCUUUGGUAUCUGUUAUAGUUAGUAUUGACAAGCAGGUACAUUGACAAACUUGAAAAAACAGUGUGCCAGUGAUUAUAAAGGAAUAUAACUUGUUACUAUGGAAUUUCACUUAGUUCUUUACAUAUUUAUGCUGUAUUGUAUAUACAUAUAUCUAUAUCUGUCCAUAUAUACAUAUAUGUAUAAAACUACAUACUAAUGGUAUCAUGUUUUCCAAGGUUGUGUAUAUUUUUUCAAUGUUAAAUUAAUUUUCCUUUGGGGUUCUUUUUUUCUAUAUAUGACUAUCCCUGAAUAUAAAUGUAUAUGGUUUUUAAGUAAAAAAAAAAAAAACAAACAAAAACAACCCCCCCCCCCAAUCAAUUCUUUUGUUUAAAAAAGCAGCCUCCAUGAAACAUUACUUAAAGCAGCUGAGGAAUUAAAUGUGAUGCUGGCAAUCUAAUCUGGAUUUUGAUUUAGCAUGGGCCGUGAUAAAUGUGCUAAUGUGUAACUUUUUAAUAAUGCAUCCUCUUUAUUUUAAAUAUCUAUAUCAAAAGCUAUUAAAGUACAAAGUACUGUAAGUACUCUAUUUUGCAACAUAAA